GACGGAGCCUUCAUGAGACUGCCUACAUCACGCACAUUUUCUCCGCGUUUGUCAUCAGGUCGCCAAAAACAAGUAGCCUACCAUAUACCGCGCGCAAGAGAUAAAGGAAGUCCUCUUUUAUUCCCAUUGGUAAAAAAAAGCCAGUAUCGUUCCGCGAGAGAUGCCGUUAAGGACCGUACUUUUGCUGCUCGCCGUGCUCAUCACCUCCGCGUAUGAACUGGAUCACAACGAAUCCUAUUCGCCGAGGAGAGCACGCUUCUCCGCCAACAGCCCCUCUGAUGUGGCACGCUGCUUGAACAGUGCCCUCCAGGUGGGCUGUGGUGCCUUCGCUUGUCUUGAAAACUCUACGUGUGACACAGAUGGCAUGCACGACAUCUGCAAGUCCUUUCUCUACAGUGCUGCUAAAUUCAACACUCAGGGCAAGGCUUUCGUGAAGGAAAGCUUGAAGUGUAUCGCCAAUGGCAUCACCUCCAAGAUCUUUCUAACAGUCAGACGGUGUUCCACUUUCCAGAGGAUGAUUUCUGAGGUCCAAGAAGAUUGUUACAGCAAGUGGGACAUUUGUACAGUGGCCAAAUCGAACCCAGAGGCCUUUGCAGAGGUGGCACAGUUACCCAGCCACUUUCCUAACAGGUUUUAUGGGAAACUACUGCAGAGUUUGAUGGAGUGUGACGAAGAGACAGUGGACCUGGUGAGGGCAAAUCUGUUGACACGAUUAGGGCCUGAGAUUGCAAUGCUCUUCCAACUACUGCAGAACAAGCCGUGUCUGUCUGCCGCAGUACCUACUGGAAUGGAGAUUCGUGGUGGGUGGCGGUGGUCGGUUAGUCCCCAUGGAUACAAGAACCAGCCAAAUCUACGCAACAGAGAUGCAGCGAAUCUCUUUGGCAAGAAACGUAACAUUGGUGACAGCACUUAACUUGAAACCAAUCUGCCAGUCCAAACUUAGCACACAUAAACGCAAAGUGAAAACACACACACACAUACAUACACACGCACACAAAAGCAAAACAGUGGUUUAUAGUGGUUUCUCAACUGGAAAAAAGGCAUGCACCAGUGUGAAAACAUCUUGAAUGUCAGAGUAUAUGUUAAUCACUUGAUAUUUGAUGAAUAGAGUUAC